GUUGAACAUACCAACUAGUCAAAUAUACAAGAAAUCUGAGUUGAUUAUUAUUCAAAAGAAUUCUGUUUAGUUAAUUUGUAACAAAAAAAAAAUCAUGGAGGGUUCCUCGACUGAAUCAAGUGGUGGUGAUCCUGCACCAUUCGUAGUGAAAACUUACGAGAUGGUUGAUGAUUCCACUACGGAUGAUAUGGUAUCAUGGAGUCCAACUAACAAUAGUUUCAUCGUCCGGAAUCCUGAUGAAUUCUCUAGUCGUCUUCUUAGUCAUUACUUCAAACAUAACAAUUUCUCCAGCUUCAUCCGUCAGCUCAACACCUAUGGAUUUCACAAAAUAAAUCAUGAUCAAUGGGAGUUUGCUAACGAAUAUUUUGUAAGAGAUCAACGUCAUCUUCUUAUUAAUAUUCAACGCAAGAGAACUAAUAACAAUCACUCUGCUGGAGAUCCAGAAAGGUUAGCAUAUGAGGAAGAAAUUGAGAGACUUUCUAAUGAAAAUGCCGCUAUUGAAUCCAAUAUUUCUAGCUUGAAGCAACGCAUCUCAGCUAGAAAGUUUCAUAUGGGGAAUCUACAACAAAGAUUAGAUGGAAUAGCGCUGAGGCAGAAAAACCUGCUGAACUCGUUUAAUAGCGUUCUUCGGAAUCCUAAAGCUGUUGAACGAAUUUAUGAGAAAAUUGUGUCUGCAGAAUUGAUAGGAUGUCACAAGAAAAUGCGGUUUCCUCCUGUUGGAAAUGAAGACGAAAAAGGUGCACAUGAUAAGGUUAUAGGUGAAGGAGAGUUACCAAAAGAAAUGCAGACAAAAGCAACUCCUGGAUUUGUAUCUGGCAAAGAGGGAAGUUUUGUCUCUUACUCUCCUUCAGACAAUUCUACUACCUCAGAAGGUGAAAAAAGACUCCCCUCGGAACAAAAAAGUGAAGAAGGUGAAAAAAGACUCUCCUCAGAACAAAAAAGUGAAGAAAGUGAUCAUGAUCAAACAAGCUGUCUUUCCAAUCUAACUCUGAUAUCUUCUGCCAACGAUAAGGAAUCUGACGGCGGAGGAGCAUUAUCAAACAAGAAUUCGGAUGAUGCUGUUACAAAUUUAGCUUCCUCACAAAAGUCUCCUAGUCCUAGUAACAACCAAGAGAUCAAGGCUGAGAUGGUUUGAAUUGUGUGUUUUGGUCACAGUACCAUAUAGAUGAAGACUAAUGUAAACAAAGUUACUAGCUACUUUGCAGAUGUAUUGAAAUUUGUGGUUUGAAAGGUUUUAGUUUAAUUUAUAUGUGGUUAAUGUAAACUUCUUAAUAAAUAACUGUUUGGUUUUUUCUUGGUGUAAUGUGAAGUUUACAACAUCAAAUAAGAAAAAUAGUCAAU